AUGGGCCAGGUGACCGGAGGCCUUGGCUGGCGGCUCAGCCUGCUGCUGCUACCCUUGCUUCUGGUGCAAGCUGGUGCCUGGGGGUUCCCAACAGGCCCCCUGAGCCUGCAGGAGCUGCGCAGGGAAUUCACAGCCAGCCUGCACCUUGCCAGGAAGCUGCUCUCUGAGGUUCAGAGCUAUGUCCACAGCUUUGCUGAAUCUCGGUUGCCAGGAGUGAACCUGGACCUCCUGCCCCUGGGACAUCAUCUCCCCAAUGUUUCCCUGACCUUCCAGGCAUGGCGUCACCUCUCUGACCCAGAAAGGCUCUGCUUCCUCUCCACCACACUCAGGCCCUUCCUUGCCCUGCUGGGAGCACUGGAGAGCCAGGUGACCUGGACCAGCUCAGAGAGGGUGCAGCUGUGGGCCAUGAGGCUGGAUCUCCGGGACCUGCACAGGCACUUCCGCUUCCAGGUGCUGGCUGCAGGCUUUAACUGCUCUGGGGAGGAGGAAGACAAAGAGGAAGAGGAAGAAGGGAAGGAGCUGCUCCUAGGGGCUCUGGAUGGCCCCAACCAGGUGUCAUUCCAAGUGUCCUGGCCCCAGCUGCUCUAUACCUACCAGCUCCUACACUCCCUGGAGCUUGUCCUCUCUCGGGCUGUUCGGGACCUGCUGCUGUUGACCAUACCCCAGCACCCAGGCCCGGCUUGGGAUUCCUAA